AUGGGCGACGCUGGCAUGCCACAGGCUCUACAAGAGAGCGUCAACUCGACUAAAGUCUCCUAUGCACAGCUAGGAAAAUGUGGCCUACGCCUCUCUGUACCUGUCCUAGGUGCCAUGUCCUUCGGCCACAAAGACUGGCAGCCAUGGGUUGUCGACGACGAAGCCGAAGUCGAGAAGCUGCUUCUUGGUGCUUGGGAGCGCGGUCUAAACACCUGGGACACAGCCAACGUCUACUCCAAUGGUGUCAGCGAAGAAAUGAUCGGUCGAAUCGUGAAGAAGCACAAUAUCCCACGACACAAAUUGGUCUUGUUGACCAAGUGCUUCGGUACAGUCGGUGAAGAACCCAAUGUUUCGCAUAUGAAAUUCGGUGGUGAAAUGAAAGCGAGCAAGGACUAUGUCAAUCAGGGAGGAUUGAGUCGACAGGCUAUCUUUAAUGCGGUCGAUGCUAGCUUGAAGCGAUUGCAGAUGGAUUAUAUCGAUCUACUGCAGAUUCACCGCUAUGAUGCUAGUGUGCCAGUAGAGGAGACCAUGAAAGCUCUAGAUGACCUUGUGCGAAGUGGGAAGGUUCGAUAUAUUGGUGCUUCGUCAAUGUGGACAUACCAGUUCGCGAGAAUGCAAAACAUUGCCGAAACCAGAGGAUGGACUAAAUUCGUCAGUAUGCAAAACCACUACUCAUUGUGCUACAGGGAGGAAGAGCGCGAGAUGAACAAGUACUGCCACGAGACAGGUGUUGGUCUGAUCCCAUGGGCACCGCUUUACAGAGGCUACCUUGCACGACCUGUAGAUUCCGCUCAGACCGAACGAGCCGAGUCGCUAAAGGGCAAUCCUAUGGCUGGUCAAAUUGGUGAAGCUGACAUCGAGAUUAUCAAGAGGGUCGAGGAGCUAGCGAAAAAGAAAGGUUGGAAGAUGAGUCAGGUUGCGCUUGCCUGGAUUAUUCAGAAGGGCACCAUACCCAUCGUUGGUUUCAGCAACAUCUCGAGACUUGACGAGGCGGCUGGAGUGAGAGGCAAGGAAUUGACGGAAGAAGAGAUGAAGUGGCUUGAGGAGCCGUACGUACCAAAGAAUAUCCUCGGUCAUAGCUAG